AGGGAGUCGCGGGAACGCUUUUCUAUUUGCAUUUUGACGUAAUAACCGCUGCGGUUCACUGUAGGAAACUGAACGCUAUUUUUAACCGGCCUCUACAAUAGUAGCGCUUACACUUUUUAGAUUUUUUCGGUUUACACACCAGUGUAAAAUGCCUAAUAUUAUUAACGAAAUCAAACUAGAUUUUAAGGAUGUGUUAUUGCGGCCGAAACGAUCGACCCUGCGAAGCCGGAAUGAUGUGAAUCUGCACAGACACAUAACCUUUAGAAAUUCUAAGCAAACCUACAAUGGAAUACCAGUUAUGGCCUCCAAUAUGGAUACUGUUGGCACGUUCCAAAUGGCGAAAGCUCUUUCAAAACAUGGCCUUUUUACCUGUAUCCACAAGUACUAUACAGUUGAUGAAUGGAUGAAAUUUUCAGAAGAAAAUCCAGAAGUUAUCAAAAAUAUCGCAGCCAGUUCCGGUAUGGCUGAAAACGAUUUUAAUAAACUAACCGAAAUCCUGAAUGCUGUGCCCUCGGUGUCUUUUAUUUGUCUGGAUGUGGCUAAUGGAUACUCGCAACAUUUCGUCGAUUAUGUCAAGAAAGUGAGAAAUGCCUUUCCUAGUCACACCAUUAUUGCAGGAAAUGUAGUAACUGGUGAGAUGGUCGAAGAGCUGAUCCUCUCUGGAGCAGAUAUAAUAAAAGUGGGAAUCGGACCGGGAUCUGUAUGCACCACUCGCAUGAAGACUGGAGUAGGCUAUCCUCAGCUUUCGGCUGUAAUUGAGUGCGCAGAUGCUGCACAUGGUCUUCAAGGGCACAUUAUUUCGGAUGGAGGCUGUACUUGCCCAGGAGACGUUGCCAAGGCGUUUGGCGCAGGUGCAGAUUUCGUUAUGGCCGGAGGCAUGUUUGCUGGACACGAUCAAUGCGAUGGACAAAUAAUUGAGAAAAAUGGCAAAAAAUUUAAGCUUUUUUAUGGGAUGAGUUCCAGUACGGCUAUGCUUAAACAUUCAGGUGGCGUUGCAGAGUACCGUUCUUCUGAAGGGAAAACCGUCGAGGUACCAUACAAAGGUGACGUAGAAGCGACAGUCUUGGAUAUUUUAGGAGGCUUAAGAAGUGCUUGUACCUAUACAGGGGCCGGAAAACUAAAAGAGUUGCCACGAAGAGCCACUUUUAUCAGGUGUACGCAGCAGCUGAAUAAUAUAUACAACUAGAUUUCUUUUAGCCACAUUUUAUUUUAUAAUAGGUAAAUUUUAGUCGAUAGUCGAUAUACUGGGUAUCGACUGCCUCGUUAUUAAUGAAUUCGCGAAUUCUCGGUUUUAGUGGCGAAACUGUACCUGCUUGUUUAGUUUACAUAAAUCGCUUAGAAUGAAAAGAUUCAAGAGAGAAGCUUAAAGAGGCUUCAGCUUUUUUUAGAUUGGUUCGGAACAUAGGCAAAAUCCUUGGCUUGCUAUUUUAAUUAGAAAAAUAAUACAAAUAGUUUUGAGAAAUAGUAAAAUUGAUUCUUAAAAUAAAAUUAAUAUUCUAUAGUAUGUAACGAUUUUCAAAGAUGACUUAAAAUUAACUUUUUUUUUAAAUAAUAUUAAUAUUAAUUACAAGUGCUGUUUUUAAUAUAUUUUUUUAAAUUA